GAUCUUGUGCACCAGCUGACCGAGAGAGUAAACAGACACUGAGAGGAAGGAAGGGAGAAGUUUCUGCUCUCGGAUCCAUAAAGCUCGCGAAAGGUUGCGAUUUGCAAAACGUUAUAUCAUCGCCAAACGCUGGCAGAGAUGACCUCGUCCAAACGAAGUGAAAGUGACUGGCAAGGUUUAGUGAACGAGUUCUUGAUAUGCAAACGUAAGCUGGAGAGCAAGAAGGACGCCCUCCUCAUUCUGUCCAAAGAGCUGGACAGCUGUCAGCAGGAGAGAGACCAGUACAAACUGAUGGCCAACCAGCUGCGAGAGACGCACCAGAGCUUGAAGAAGAAAUACAGAGAACUGAUUGAUGGUGACUCUUCACUUCCCCCGGAAAAACGUAAUCAGGUCAAUCUGGGUCAGUUGUUAAUGGAUUCGAGGGAGAGAAAUAAGAAGCUAGCUGACGAGAUAAAGGAACUGACUCAGAGACUCAGCGAGACACAGGGAGACAAUAAGCUGUUAAGAAUGACCAUCACCAAACAGAGGCUUGGGGACGAUGAAGUCGGGGUCAGACAUUUCCCUGCUCAUGAGCGCGAGGAUCUGGUCAGGCAGCUGGAGAACGCAGCACUGCACAGAGAAGAACUUGAACACAGUCUGAAGACGCUGAGCGAUGAACUGCAGGAUGUAAAGGCAGAGAGGAAUGUGUUUAAGGAGAAGGCUGAACGUCUCAACCUCGAGCUGAACCACAUCCUGGGAGGCCAGGAGAAGCGCAUCAUCGAUGUGGACGCCCUCUGCAUGGAGAACAAAUACCUGCAAGAGAGAUUCAAACAAGUUCAAGAGGAGGUCAGUCUGUUGAAGAGUAACAUUCAGAAAUAUAAGACUGCUCUGGAUCGCAGAAGAAACCCUGAGAUCGGUGGCAAGUCUAACAGCAGAGCACUUACUGGAGUCCUUUCUCCUAAACAAGUGCAGGGUUUGUUGUCAGAGGACAAUGGUUGCAGUUUACCAGCCACACCUCAGUCUAUCUCAGACCUGAAGUCUUUAGCCACAGCCUUACUGGAGACCAUUCAUGAGAAGAACAUCAUCGUUCAGCACCAAAGACAGACCAACAGAAUUCUGGGAAACCGCGUUGCUGAUUUGGAGAGAAAGCUGAAGACUCUGGAAAUUUCAGGGUUUUGGAGUCUCCCAGCUUCAAGAGAAGUGCUUACAGCUUAUAAUCCAUGUUUGACAAGUUCUCUCGAACGCAGUGCAGCUAUAUGACCAUUCAUCUUCUCUGUCUCCCUGAUUGGCUCAGAUGACAGGACAGGAAGAGGAGGGCCGUCCAGGGAACAGGACACAGCUGGCGAUGACAUGUGGCCCGCUCCAGAGGAGGUGGGCACACCUGUCACCCCUGACAUCGAGGAGGACAUCGGGAGACAGACUAAUGAGGUGAAGGGCGUCUGCGCAAAAACACGUUCCGGUCGGGAAACGGAGAGAGGCACGGCUGUGGAAGAGGGAGAGGUUUUGGGGGAGCUCUGUCUGAUGGCGGAGGAGGCUGAGGAUGCAGCUUUGGCUCUGGAUCCUGCACAAAUAACUCCAGUUAGUCUUGAGCAAACCGCCUGGGACAGUGCCGACUUUCACGCCUCUGUGGGGCAGCCGAGAGCUCGCUUUGACGAUAUUCUGAAUGGUUCCUCCAUUAAGAAGGAGCCUGUUGAGCAGAGUGACUCUGUUCUGAUAUAGGAGGGGAAAUUAAGGUCUGAAGGGUUUGAAAAUGCCUAAAUGUUACAAUUUAUUGGUCAAAUAAAAAGCAGAUGAAUAAAACAACCCACAAAACAAUUUCCACAUGUCAUUACAGUAUGUAAUAUUAAAAAAAAAAUCAAUGUUUUAUGUUUCAUUCACUGCAAAAAAAAAAAAAAAAAAGAAAAGUGAUUUUCUUACUCAGUAGUUUUGUCUUUUUUCCAGCACAGGUAUCUAAUUAUUCUUAAAUCAGGAUACAUUUAAUUAAGAAGCAAAAUGGCCUAAGUUAAUACGUCUUGUUAUUUGAACAAAAUAUAAAAAAAUUGUGGUGUCACUGUCAAAGUAUUGUCUGAAGUUGCUUUUCUUAGAAAAACCUAAUAUUUGCAUAAAAGCAUAAAACAUCCAUACUGUUUAAAACAUCCAGAAUGCAUACAAUAUGCAAUUCUGAAUCCAAUAAACCCCUCAAUUUGUA